GCUCCGUAAGCUUUUCCAAUGACGGCUCGUGCAAUUGACGUCCUGCUGUCCAGGGGUGUCGCACAAGCUCCCAGCCCGCCGGCUCUGUAGUGGGUCGGCCACCGUCGGCGUUGCAACCAGUGGUAAAGUUCUAGAUUUUUCCAAGAUAUUCUCUGCAGAACAGGACAAACCCCCCUCCGACUUCAACAUUGCCGCCAAUUUUGGGAACUCGCCUACCCCUUCAAUGCAUCUGGUGCUUCUCGUUGAAACAUGCAACCAAGCAUUGUAGUUCGAGCCGCGGCUCCUGCCCGGCCGCUCAAGCCGGCGCAAAUCUGCGGACGGAGGCUCUCAAUCUCGCCCUGCUCCGCGCAAGCACGAAAGCUUCAUACUGUCGCUCCUGGCCCGGCACAGGCGAGGCGGCAGCUGCAACGGAAGUGCGGUCUGCAGCCCGCUUCAAAAAGGGCUUUCCACGCGACGAGGAUACAACGCGCCCCGAUCAAGGACCCAUACAAGGCCCUGGGAGUCAGCAAGAGUGCCUCGGCGUCCGAUAUCAAAAAGGCGUACUACGGUCUCGCCAAGAAGUUCCAUCCCGACACCAACAAAGAUCCGAAAGCCAAAGACCAGUUCGCCGAGAUACAAUCCGCCUACGAGAUCUUAUCAGACCCCAAGAAGAAGGAACAGUACGACCAGUUUGGCGCCGCCGCCUUUGACCCCAAUGCUGGGCCUGGCGGUCCAGGCGGCGACCCAUUCGGCGGCGCGGGCGGUCCAUUCUCGGGUUUCGGGGGCUUCGGCGGAGGCGGUGGUUUCGGGGGUCAGGGCUUUAACUUCGACGACAUCUUUAGUCAGGCCUUUGGGGGCGGCGGAAGGAGAGGCGGGCGGAACCCCUUCCAGCAGGAGACGGCCGUGGUCGGCGACAACAUCGAGGUGCAGGCGACCAUAUCCUUUGUCGAGGCCGCCAAGGGGACGAGCAAGACCAUCACCGUCACGCCUCUGGUAUCGUGUAGUACCUGUAGCGGCAGCGGUCUUAAAGAAGGUGCGAAGCGCAGCUCGUGUCAUAGCUGUGGGGGCAGUGGCACGCGGGUACAUUUCAUGUCGGGCGGCUUCCAGAUGGCUUCGACGUGUAACGCCUGCGGCGGGUCAGGAACGACGGUCCCCAAGGGCUCGCAAUGCAAGCCCUGCAAGGGUGAUGGUGUGGUAAGAGAGCGGAAGACGCUGACGGUGGACAUUCCCGGCGGUAUCGAGGAUGGCAUGAGGUUGCGGGUGGACGGCCAGGGUGAUGCUCCUGCCAUGGGUGCCGCGGCAGCCCCAGGCGCGAGGGGUAUCAAGGGUGACCUGUUUGUGUUCGUCCGUGUUGCGCCAGACCAGAAGUUCAGCAGAGCCGGCUCCGACAUUCUCUACACGGCCACAAUACCCUUCACGACGGCUCUGUUAGGUGGAGAGGUCACCGUGCCAACCUUGGACGGCCAGGUUAAUGUCAAGGUCGCAACUGGUACGGCAACGGGCGACAAGAUGACCCUGGCCGGUAUGGGAAUGAAGAAGCUUAACGGCCGCCGUGGAGGGUCAGGAGAUCUCAAGGUGGAGUUCAAGGUGAACAUGCCCAAGUACCUCACAGCAAACCAACGGACGCUCGUGGAGAUGCUGGCGGAUGAGGUGGGUGACAAGACGGCAAAGCGGGUUAUGGUCAAGCCUUCCGGCGGGUCGGGGACAGCAUCCAGCAGCAGCAGUGGCGGUAAUGCAUCAACAACAGCCGAGGACCACCAGAAUGAAGGAUUUCUGAAGUCAAUAUGGCAUAACCUGACGAACCACCCCGCCCACCGACAGAACAAUGAGUCUGACGGCAAGACCGACGACUCGAACAAGAAGGAUGGUGAGAAGAAGGAUAGCGAGAAGAAGGAGUAAGCUCCAGGGGUCGAGGUUGUAUAUCACACGUUCUCCAUAUUGUCUGGUUUGAUGAUAUGUACAAACAAAAAAGCAGAGAUUGUAUCUACUCCUUAUACCUAGAUAGACGGAUAUUCUGCAUGGGCGGUGUUCAUGGAAGUGACCGCCCUGGCGUUCUGAGACGGGGCUGUGAAAGGGGGAGGAGAGCCAGCAAGCAAGCCAGGGUCAUGAUAAUGUUGUAUGUCUGUAUUAACAAAACAAGACCACUCCCACCAAGAAGAAACAGCAGCGCUUGAAACAUUGAA